UUUAGUUUGAAAAAUUAUUAUUAUAGAAAAGUUGUGAAGUACAGUACAUCAGAAUCAACAACAAUGUUGAAGCUUAUCGCUAUAAGUUGCGUCAUCGUGGUUGCUUCCCUCAACUUUCAAAAAGUAAAAGGUUUUAAUUUGGUACCUUCCAUACCGAAUGUUAUAAAGAAUCCCAUACCGAAUAUAAAGAAUCCCAUACCGAAUAUUAUAGAAAAUCCUAUAUCGAAUAUUAUAAAGAAUCCCAUACCAAAUAUUAUAGAAAAUCCUAUAUCUAAUAUUAUAAAUAAUCCCAUAUCGAAGAUUAUAGAAGAUCCUUUAUCGAAUAUUAUAAAGAAUCCUAUAGCGGAUAUACAGAAUCUCAUACCAAAUAUAUCUUCAAUUAAUCCUCUAAAAAUAGGAGGAAAUGACAUCUCAAAUAUUAUAAAGAAUAUAUCAAAGCUCGGUGGGGACAGUAUUUUAGGAAAAAUUCUGAAUGCCAGAGCUACAUGUGUUAGAGCCUUUACAGAGGGAUAUGAGAUUUUCACUCAAUUAUCAUCGAUUUUUAAUACCUGCGUAAUAAAGCAAAUAAAGAAAAUACCUUCGCCCACAGCAAACAUAAAAAAAUUGUCCAAUCUGGCAAGUGAUGUGCAGGAAAUUCUGACGAAAGAUGUGCAUGAUACGUUACAAUGUUUGCAGCAAUCCCCUGUCAACAUAGUUUCAUGCCUUAAUGUAAUGAACAUCCCGAAACACUUAUAUGACCCUAAACUACUUAGCGAUGUGAUAUCUGAGGUCCUUUCGAUUUUCCCUUUCAAUUUGAUCAAAUAUAUCCCAGAUAUGAUAUCAUGUGGUGAAAAACUGGUUGUUGAGCUUAUAAACAUACCAAAGCUUUUUAAAUUUCUGAUCGACGCGGGACUUUGUGUUCACAGAGUUAGAAGUCUUAUAUAAUUAUAAAUUAUUCGUCGAUUAAUAUGACCAGUUACUCUAUAUUACUACUAUAUGUACUAUUGAUUUAUAUUAUUAUGAAUGUAUAAGUAAGUUUUUUUCACACUAUAUAAAGCGCUAUAAUUAUGCACAUACCUUCAAAAAUGUAAAAGUAAAUAAAUAAAAGCAAUAAUAAAAUAUUGUUAUAA